UUCAUUUAUUCUUAUAUAUAUAUAUAGCACAUAGUCUUGUUUCCUCUUUUUUCUUUUAUAAAAAAAAACACAUCAACUUGUGAUUUUAUCCUUAUCAUCAUGACCAAUUCAGACAAUGCAUUCGAUAAUGAAAGAUCACUUGUCAAGAAACUCGACAAAAGGCUACUGUUGUUUGCAAUGUUUGGCAAUCUCGUAAAGACACUUGACAAUUCUAAUCUCGCAAGUGCUUUUAUCAGUGGAAUGGAAGAAGAACUAAAUAUUACUGGUAUCCAGUACAACUGGAUGAGUGUAUUAUUUAUGAUUGGUUAUCUAUUAAUGCAGAUACCUUCGAAUAUAAUGUUGUCAAAAUUGAGACCUUCUGUCUAUCUAUCCUGUCUCGAGGUCAUCUGGUGUAUAUUGACUAUAGCCAUGGCCUGUGCGCAGAAUGUAAAAACCGUCUAUCUUAUCCGACUCUUACUCGGUCUCUCAGAAGCUGGCUUCUACCCUGGUAUUGUGUUUUUGAUCGGAACUUGGUACACAAAACGAGAACUUGGCAAGAGAUUGGCUCUACUCACAAUCUUUGGGUCUCUUGGAAGCGGCCUAAGUGGAGUCAUUCAAGCAAUCAUGCUAAAGACUCUUGAUGGAGUAUUUGGCAUUAGUGGUUGGCGGUGGAUGUUUUUAUUUGAUGCACUUGUUACUGCAACUCUUGCCUUGUUUGGUUACUUUGCUCUGCCAGAUUAUCCUUUCAAUACCCCCUGGCUAUCCAAAUCAGAGAGUCAGUUGGCUACAAGGCGAAUGGAAGAAGAAAAAGGAUACUCAACCACAUCAACAUCCAAGAUAACCAUCAAGUCAUUCUUUCAACAUUUGCUGGGAAACAAGUAUCUUGGUUUGUUUGUAGUCGGCUGGGCGUCUGUGCAUAUUGCUUUGGGAGCUCCUCAUGUUAUAGGAAUCGUAGCAAAGAAACUUGGUUUUGAUGCCGUAACAUCCAACCUCUUGACCACCCCAAAUACUUUGAUAACUAUGGGAUUCACUCUAGCAAAUGGAUUCCUCAGUGAUCAUUUACGUACAAGAAUCUGGUGUAUUCUUAUCCCAUGUAUUUUUGGAUUUAUUGGGUGUUGUAUGCUGUCUGCAUUUGUUCAGCCAUUUGGAUUUCUUUAUCUUGGGUUUGUAUUUGCUGAUUCUGGAUUAAAGUCAACAACAUCUAUUGUCAUGACAUGGGCAAGUGAGAUUAUUUCACCUCAUACAGAAAUCAGAGCAAUGGCUAUUGCUGUAAUGAACACAUCUGCUUCCCUAAUGUGGUCCUGGACACCAUUGAUUCUUUGGCCUGUGACAGAUGCACCUUAUUACCAUACCGGAUUUACUGUGAGUGUGUUUUGUAUUCUGAUCUUUAUUGGAUCAAUGGGCGCAAUUGGAUAUAUUUCCCAAAAGACAUCCGAUCCUGAAAAGACCAUUAUUGUACCUGAUGAUGAUAUCCUCUUUGAACCUCUCCUUGGUCGAGAAUCUAUUGAAACCAUUAUACGUUAAACACUAGAAGAAGAAGCAAAAUGGGAAUCUCUAUAUAUAUAUAUUAUUAUUAUUAUAUCAAAAAUUUGCGUUGUACAUGGUUCGUUGUUAUUGCUUUCUAUUGAUAUUUCCUAUUGAUGUUGUGAAUGUUGCACCAGAAAAAAAAAUAAAAAAUAAAAAACCAAAAAGGUUGUAUUCAUUAUUUUCUUUUUUAGAAUAACAAUAUAAUAUAAUAUAAUAUAAUAUAAAAUAAAGAUAUAUAUAUAUAUAUAUAUAUAUGUAUAUGUAUAUGUAUAUGUAUAUGUAUGUAUACAUGAAAGC